AUGGCGGGAGUUCUUACGGAGAACUUGGUGCUGCAGAAGACCAAGGUGGACAGCAUACAGCGUGUUCGGAAGUUGAACGUAUGCGCGGCGCAACUCAGCGAUAUUGGCGUACUGCGGCGUGCGUGCAACCUCGAGGUGCUCUCUCUUAGCCUGAACGACGUCAGUGAGCUCGGGGUGCUUGAGAACUGCCGGCGACUCUGCGAACUGUACCUCCGCAAAAACCGCGUGGAGGAUCUGAAUCAAGUGCUCCACCUCAGUGAUAGUCCCUACCUGACGGUGCUGACCCUCGCAGAGAAUCCCAUCUGUCAGGACCCAAACUACAGACGCUUCGUUAUUGCCGCCGUUGGGAGCUUGCGACGCCUGGACGACAUUGACAUUCUGCCGCAGGAGCGGGAGGAGGCGUGCCGGGUGUUUCCGAAUUUGAGGGCGAUUGCACCGCCCCCGUCAAUGUACUGCGACCCUGCGAGGGGCAAAGUGCGGCCUGGAUCGGGGCCCACAUCGGGAACCGUGUCAUUAGCAAAACUCACAGCGCAAAGGUCACACCAUAACAGCGUCUCUGCCUAUGCGGAUGACCAUGCUGCACAUGGCAACGGCGACAGACGUGGUUCUCUUUCCCGCAGUCCUACAAGGACGCAUGCGACAAAGCGGCGGAGCACGCAUUUAGAAUUCUCUCACCACUCCCAGUUCGAACCGAUGAAUCAUUCCAUUCACACCAAGAGGGCGUCUUCUGGCAACGGCGGGAUGGGUGCGAUCCACCUGCAACCACCUCAAAUUGGCCCAACAGAAACAGGUGUCGUGCAGGCAGUAAAGGUGCUCUUGUCAGAGCUGAGCGCUGAGUCUCUAGAGGAAGUACGCCGCUUCAUCGAUGCUUUAAAGUGA